GACAGAGAAGAAGCUUGUAUUUAUACUGCGCACGCGCGCGUGCACAUCCUAAAAAAGUCUGUAUGAAGCCGGCCCUGAAGUCUUAAUCAAUCCAUUUAAUAUUCCAUCGUUGUACGUAACUUUAAACAUGUAAUUCUAUACUUGGUGGUAGUAGUGCUGUAUCCUGAUUUCAUGUCGUUCAUAUGCAGUGUUAAUCGAUGUUCAACUUUGACCUCUUGAAUUAAUACCAAAUGUGCAUCAAAACAUGGUGCGAUUAAAGAAUAGGUAUGUCCUUGGUGAGUUGAUUCUAGAAGAUGGUAAGAUGGCAACAGAGGCUAAACUCAACACAUAUGUGACACAGCAGGCCAUCAAAGCAGCUGUACAUCAGUUAUAUGGUGACUUUGGUGUCGGUGCUGUUACUGCUGGUUUUAAUGUCAAGUAUGUAGGACAACAGACCAAUGUUGUACUCAUCAAGAUUCGUCAUAGGGCCAUCAAAUACCUCACUUCCUCUCUCCCAUUUGUCACAUCAAUCUCCAAGAUUCCAUGUUGCUUCCUAACUCUUCAUGUUGCUGGUACCAUGAGAGCUUGCCAGAAGUUUCUAAUAAAGCACGAUAGAAGGCAGUUGAAGAUUCUGUUCAAGAAUAGCAAGACACAGGCUGAGCGGAAUGCAGUGUUAGAUGCUCUUAAACGAUGUCAGGUCAAAGAAACGGCAUGGGUUGAACCGAAAGAUGAUUCUGAUACAGAUGAUAAUGGCAGUGAAGAGCGAAGGUGACCCUUGUGUGACUUCCUAUAUAUGAACAGCAAAACUAUUACACUAUGAGAGCAAAGAUGAUGUAAUGGUAGCUGAACAACAGAAGUGAAGUCUCUUAAUGGAUUGGUCAAGUGACAAGGACAGAAAACUUUCUUUGAGAAAUACGGAGAGCUAAACUAAAAUGCAAGGAUGGUGCAACUAUGGUUGAACAACAGAAGUGUCAGAGAUUCUAUGUAGUGAUGAGGGCAGAAAGUUGACCAAGGGUGGUUUUUUUUUAUCUUAAUUUCAAAGGUAAGGAUAAUGCAACUAUGGUUGAAUGACAGGAGUGGAGUCUCAAAACGGCUUGGUGUAGUGUGAGAGGUAAUUGUCUAGGACCAAAUCAACAUUUGAAAAAUCAUAGUUGUAUGUUUACAGAAGUGCAGUUACUUUGUGAUUUUGUGUAUUAAGGAAAGUAUUAGGAGUAUAGUGGAAUGAAAGACAUUCAAGACGAAAUCAAGACAAAUUUAAAUUCUUCAGUACUGCUAGGAUGUUGCAAAUGCCCUAAAUGAUGAUGGUGAUGAUGAUGGUGCACAGCAUUUGUAUAGCGCCAUAUAUCUGUCAACGACAUUCAAAGGCGCAUUUUUGGAGGAGCCAGCCAAUCUGGGUCGCCUAGAAGGGCGCGCACACAGAACUGUGACCCGCAGGUCUCUCCUCCCGAUAUAACUGAUUCGAAUGCAGGUGGACCGCUACACCGGGGUUCCCCCCAGCCCCUACUCUUAUUCGAAUAGUGCAGUGGGUUCUGUAAAUUUAUAAUUAGACCUACUUUACUGGGUCGUAUUUCGAAAUACCAAAAUCUGACUUAUUGAUAAUAUGUCUCUAUGAAAAUGAUUUUACUCUCUUUGUAUAAUAUGGGCCUUAUUUCAAAUAUGAAAAAAUAUGAAUCAUGAAGAAUACUGUAAAAAAAAUAUUAGUGAAAUUCAAAGCGAAUUCUAAUGAAAACAACUGCAAAAGUGAAAGAAUUGCCUAUCAAACCUUUUCAGUGUUUAGCAUGUGUGUGCCAAACUUUACUAAACACUUGAAAAAUUGUGUUUUUUACAGGUGCUAAAUAUCAUAUGUUUUGUUGUCACCUGAUAAAAUCAAAUGUGAUAUUUAGAACACAGAAGUUGCAGUUUAGAAAACAUAAAACUGGGUUCUCUAUAUCAUAGUUUUAAAUAGCUUUCAAGUAUAUUUCCAUUUGUAAAUUCCUAAGAAUGUGAACUAUUUACUAGUGACACAGAUAUAUACCAUUAUUGCUUUUAUUCCAUCAAUUUUAGAAUUAAAUAACCAUCAUAUUAGCAUUGGCCAUUGGUCAUAGCACUUUUGAAAAUAUCCAAGCAGUCUUGAGUUUCAUGAUACACAGGACAAAGAAUUCAAUACUUGGGAGUUGAUCAUAGAUUUGUCAAUGAAUGCUAGUCUUCAACGCAUUGAUGAUGAUGAAUAUACAAUACUAAAAAAUCCUGUCCAUUUGUUAUUAUAGGCUUAUUUUGUUUAAUAAGAUUUUAGUUUAUAAAAGUUUACAUGGGAGAAGAUAUGUCAUUACAUUAACGCUAGUCUAGUCUAAUAAAACCCUACCUUUUAUUUCACAAACUAUAGGGCAAGGUGGUUUUGUUUUAUAAUUUCAUAUCUUUAAACUCAAUGAAGUAGCAGGGGCUGCGGAACGGUUUUCAAAGAGAGGGGGGGCGAGCCAAGAGUGGGGUGCUGACCAUGCAAAAAAUCACAAUCAUAUGGUAAUUUUUAUGUUUCUGUACACGUAGGGGGCUGAAGGCCCCCCCCCCCCCCCCCCCCGGUUCCACGGCCCCUGUGUAGUUAAAUGAAAUAAGCUCCCCUUCCCCAUGUUAUAUAUGGUUAUGUCAGGUCUUUCAAUACAAAAGGAAUGAUGUUAUUACCUGAACAGUGUCUUGAUCAAUUUGCGGCGGCUAUCAAGGAUGUGAUGGAAGCUCAGUAUCUCGGUGUGAUAAAUGAGUGUAAUAUUAAGCUUUGAAUGUAUAACUGAAACGUUGGAUGGGAUGCAUGUUCAUGUUCUUUUUAUAUAAAACUAAAAAUUAAAAGUCAGAUCCACAUUUAGCUUCAGUUUGUAGUUGAAAUCCUCAGCUUCUUUUGAUUUCUAAUCCACCCAGUUCUAAAUAGACCAUAUGAUAAGGGAUUAGGAUAGCCGCUGUGAAAUCUCAGACCACAAAUCCAUGGACGCAGCUUAUCUUAAUCAGUUUCUUUACUUACAGUGCAAUUCAAUAAUCUAAUUGAAUAAAUGAGCAUUAAUUAUAGAAAAAUUUUCAUACAGGAAUUUGAAAACAGAUGAUCAUUUCAUUCAAAAAUGAAACUGGAAAAUAUUUGUGUCUGCUGAGAAACUAGAGUUUAUUGGAAUUUGUGAGUUAUCUCCCAGCAACACAUUGAAAAAUGCAGACAAGAUAGGACAUGAUAAAUGGAAAGCUGACAACACAUAGUUCGAAACAUUUUGAAUUUGUCCCUUAAAGUUAAAUAUACAGGUCAACAGUAGACCCUUACUUUAGAUGGAAAUAAAAACCACUUUGGGUGGUAUUUUAAUUAUUAAACCUUGGUUUAACUCUAGACUAAACAAGAAAUUUAGUCCACACAUCUGUAGAAUGCUAAGUUUCUUCUUACUUUUACAAUAUCCAUGAUAUAGAUAAGGUACAAAAAUACUGAAAGUAAUUUUAUUUUCAUAUUUUACAAUGUCAACUUUUUGCUGAAGGAUCUGAAUAAUUUGUACCUUGUCUUAGAGAUUGAGAUGACGGAGGCACUCAAUGAAAAUGUAUAAGUUUAUCUAGAUUUAACCCUAUCUAGGCCGGGGUUAUUUUGGGAGUUCAUAUGGCCGGGGGGGGGGGGGGGGGGGCCUCCCAGGCGCCCCUUGAGAUCUCGGCCGUUGGCAACGUGAUCGCGCCGAAAAUUGGCACGCAGGUUGUCUGGACAUAAUCUACAAAACUGUAUAGUAAUUUAUUUCAUGUAAAUUGGUAUUAAGCGAUUAUGUUAAUUUAUGCGUAAUUAGUAUGCAAAAUCAUACUUUUCCCUCUAACUCCCUAAACAAAGCUCAAAUUUUUCCAAUUUUUGGUAUAAAAACUCUUUUUGGUGUUUAUAUUUUUUUUCAAUUUCUUAUGUAUUUCUUUGUUUUUUUUACCUUUUGUUUUUCAUUGUUUUUCAAUGAAAAUUGUUGGGAACUCUUCUGAGAUCAUAAAUGGCAUAAAAUAAAUAAAUUUAGACCAGCAAAACUAAAAAUAAUCAUACAUUUAUGAUUUUUGGUUGAAAACAGAAUUGCGUAAUUUCGGAAGCUAGUACCCGGGUGACGCAAAACUGGUCUCAAAAGUUGCGCAAGACUUGAAAGUAAAAAGUCAGCGAGCGGCGCAGUAAAAAAAAUUCGCACAGCAAAAAUAUUGCGCAAAUCGUUGAGGGCCCCCCCCCCCCCCCCCCCCCGGCCUGGAUAGGGUUAAAGGCUAUGAGAAUAGCACCCUUUGAGUUAAAGCUGAUAUUCCUAGUCCAAUGACCCAUUUUAUCAAACUAUUCAUUGAUGAUAAUCUUACCAUCAAUGGUAUCUUUUCAUCUUUCCACAAUCAAAUUUGUUUUUACCUUGUGAGCUUUCACCUACUUGUUCUGCAGACUUCUUCAGACUAACGCUGACUCGCCAUAGACCAGGUAGUAUCAGCAGCGUGGUAUGGUUGAUUUUAAUUCACUCUGGAGCCUUGUUACCAUGGUGAAUUAAAUUUAUAGCAAAGAUGUAAUUAAUGGUCAGUUUUACGAAAAAAGGUAUAUAUAGACUUGUCUCAUGAGCGGAUGAUUUGAAGAAGUAUUAGUAUUAAUAAUUCGCAGGUUUCUCUGGGUUAUGCAAAUUUUGAGUCGAGAAGAGUGAAAAUAUAUCCCCAUGUCAACUGAUUACAUGUAAUUUUUUGUAGUUUUGAUGUGGCGUGUGUCACUAUUCCAGUUUAUUAAUAUAUUAUAAAAAUGUAUUUGAAUUCUACAUUCUCAAAAAUGUGUUUGUCCUUAACUAUUCUGCGGAACAUUUCAUGAAAGGACUUGUUCGAUGUUUUAUCCGACAAUCACAAUAGUGACAAUGUUUUUCAGCCGAUAUAAGAUCAAGGAAAGUUGCAGAUCUGACUACUUGUCAGACAGCAAAUGUAGAUGAAAUAUUCUCCUGAUGUAGAUUGUAUGAAUUAAAAACAUUUUAGUUGAUGUAUUUUCUGACUUUA